AUAGUGACAGUUCUCAAAAUGAAAGUAAGGAAAUGAAGGGAGAGGUUCACAGUCAUUUAGAGGAGAGCAUUCGUCCAUACAUUGAUCUAAUCGACACUCUGCGGUCAGUUGGCGUUCACAAGGACUUGGCAUUACCGACUAUUGUAGUGAUCGGAGACCAGAGUUCUGGAAAAAGCUCUGUGUUGGAAGCGCUGUCUGGUGUUGCAUUACCAAGAGGAAGCGGAAUUGUCACCAGAUGUCCACUAGAGCUGAGGCUGAAGAAGGUAACAGGUGGAGUCAGGUGGAAGGCUGUUCUAUCCUACCGUAAGAGGAGAAUUGAAUUCGUGGAUUCCUCACUUGUUGCAGGUCCUGUUAAAGCCAGCAAACUGGCAAGUGGAAAGGUAGCAAAUGCAACUUAUGAUGAGAAGAAAUUUGAAUUUGGAGAUCCUUCUUUAGUUGAAGAACAUGUUGCAGCAGCCCAGAAUGAGCUGGCAGGAAAAGGGGUAAGAAUAUGUGAUGACCUCAUCACUUUAGAGGUCAUGUCACCAGAUGUGUGUGACCUCACACUGAUCGAUCUACCUGGAAUUGCCCGAGUCCCAGUAAAAGGACAACCAGAGGAUAUUGGAAACCAGAUCAAACGUCUGAUUAUGAAAUUUAUUGAGAAGCAAGAGACUAUAAACCUGGUAGUGGUGCCUUGUAACACUGACAUUGCAACAACAGAAGCAUUAAAAAUGGCACAAGAAGUAGAUCCUGAGGGCAAAAGAACUGUCGCCAUUUUGACCAAGCCAGAUCUCAUAGACAAGGGAACAGAGAAGAACAUCCUGGACAUUGUCCACAACAAAGUGAUUCCUCUCCGCAAAGGUUACAUCAUGGUGAAGUGUAGAGGACAACAGCAGAUUGAUGAGAAAAUUCCUCUGGAGGAAGCGACAGAAAUAGAGAGAGAUUUCUUCCAAAAUCAUGACUAUUUCAGAGGCCUCUUGAAUGAGGAUAAAGCGACUAUUAAAUGUCUUGCUGUCAAGCUGACUCAGAAUCUUGUUGAUCAUAUCAAAAAAUCACUGCCACAGCUCAAUGAGCAGAUCAAAAAUCGGUUGUGGGACGUGAGGAAUGAGCUCAAGGAGUGUGAGGCUGGACCACCAGAAGAUCUUAAGGGAGCCAAACAAUUCCUCACUGAAACCAUAAAAAGAUUCAAUGAUCAAAUCAACUCCUUAUCAUCAGGAGAAGUGAUGAGUGAGGAAAAUUUGUUUGUCCAGCUCCGGGCUGAAUUCAAGGAGUGGAGUGAUCAUCUUAACAGUACAAAGACAUCCUUUUGCAAUGCAAAAGAGUUGAGCCAGAAUAACAGAGGGAGGGAACUGGUCGGCUUCAGUAGCUACAGACUGUUUGAGAUGAUUUUGCAAAAACAUGUGGCCAAACUUGAGGAGCCAGCCAUUGACUUACUCAAUGCCGUCAAAGAAAUCAUCAUCUCACAAUUCAUUGAUGUGGUGAGUCAGUGUUUCCGGAACUACCCUGUCCUUCACAACAUUACUAAGGACAAAGUUAAGAACAUUCAGUUAACCCAGCAAGAAAAGACAGAGACGAGGAUCAAAGAGCAGUUUGAAAUGGAAAACAUGAUCUACACUCAAGAUCCCAUCUACUUGAAGAUCUUAAAUGAGAUUACAAAUGAGACAUUUUCAGAAGAUCAGUUACCAAUCUUUGACAAAAAGUGCAAGUACAGUCAUAUGCUGGAGGCAUAUUAUGAGAUUGUGGUGCAGCGGAUGGCUGACCAAAUGCCCAUGAUGAUCUCUUUUUUCAUGCUGAAGCAGACUGCUCAGCUCCUGUCUACUGACAUGCUGAGUUUACUGGAAAAGCCAGAUUUACGUGGUUCUGAUGAUGCGCAAAAUUCAGCUGGAGGGCAGGAAGUAAAGAAACUACAGAAAAAAAAACUACAGAAAAAAGGUAAAAAUUUCGAGACACAAAUUUGUAAGUUUUACAGAAUCACAAACUUUCUGAGAAAAAAGUUUGAACUGCAAGAUAUAUAGUUGCUAUUUUGAGAAAUUCAGAAACCUGUAUUGCGAAUAAGAAUUUUUGCAAUUACCUUAACAUCAAUUAAGUUUGAAUAGUAUAGUUCAUUCUGUUGCUUUGUCUAAUGUCUUGUAUGAACAGCACCUGAAAAUGUUCUCUGUUCAGAUAAUGCCUCUUUUACCUCCUCAGAAGAUUUGCUUUUGCUGUCUAAUGAUAGUGGAACAGGCUCAUGAAACAAAUUUUAUUUUUUCCUCACAGACCAUAAAAAGAUUCAGUGACCAAAUCAACUACUUAUCAUCAGGGGAACUGAUGAGUGAGAAAAAAAUGAGGGUUCUGUGAACAUGUGGUUCUGGUGAAAAUUCUGCUGGAGGGCAGGAAGUAAAGAAACAGAAUGGAAGACA